UACUUUGUAUGGUACAGCGGAAUGGCGGCCAAUGCAAAACAAACUGAAGGUAAGAUAGUUUGCCCGUAUACUUAUUAUGAUUCACUACCGAACGCUGUAUAUACAUGAUAUAAAAGCUGAAAAUAAAACCAUUCAAAACACGUACAAAGAUGCCUUUGAGUGCCGCCGAAAGGGCAAGAAAAUAUAGAGAACAAUUAAAACAAAACCCAGAAUUAUAUACAAAUUACCUUAAGAAAGAAAAUGAAAGAUACGAAAAAAGAAAAGCAGAGGGAACCAUUAAGCUUGUUAGCGAAAUGACCAGUCGAGAAAAACGAAGUACGCGUAAAGCAUGGCGAGAGAAUAAAAAACGCCAGAAACAAAGGCAAAAUUUGACAGAAUCUCUGACACCACCGUCAACACUGACAACAUCUCCGCCGUUUGAAAUUAAAGCGAGGCGCGAGUCCAGAAAGGCUGCGUGUUCGAAAAGAAAGAUCAGCAGUAUACCGCCACGUUGAAAAACUUAAAGUAAAAUUGCAAACAAAAACAAGAGAGGCUGAGAGAUAUAAAACGACUUAAACGUCAUGAAAUAAAUAUGUUGGACAAAAACUCACCUCGUACAAAAACAAAUCUUCUUUUAAGGGGACAGAAAGUGCACAGCAAAACAAGAAAAACUCGUUUGUUUCACAAUGUUCUUAUUCGCGGCUUACGAGAAAAAUACAAAUCGACAAGGGAAAACAAAACAAAACGACUGCUUGACAAAGUAUUUUUGAAAUCUUUAUUAAAGAAGUAUCGUGUGAAAAGAAUGGCUACACAUGAACUAGGAACAAACAUGAAACGCUUAAAUAGAGCUAGAAUCAGAGGAGCAUUCACAUGAAAAAGAGAGACAGUUAUAGGUAAAUUGAAGAAUUCAGUUGAAGAGUUUCUGUCCCGUGAUGAUAAUAGUAGAAUCAAAGCAGGAAAACGCUCAACUAUUACAUUAAAAAAGUACAAUCAGCAAGUGCGUCUUCUUAACGACUCAUUAAAGACAUUACAUGUCAAAUAUUUGAUAGAGACAACUAGCAAGAUGUCGUAUGCCCUUUUCUGUCGUCUCAAGCCCUUUUUUAUAAGACACCCAAAACCCUCAGACAGAGAAACUUGUCAAUGCAAACGUCACGAGAAUGUGAAAUUCAAAGCCGAAAAGCUGAAACAGUUGUCAGUAUUAACAACGUCUGAUCUAAAUGAGAUUGCAAAUACCAUUGUUUGCAGCUCACGACAAAAAGAUUGCAUGUAUAGAGACUGUUUAGUCUGCAAAGACAAGAAAAUGCCUUUGAGGAAGGUAAGAUAACGGAGUGGUACGAAUGGCAGACGAAACAUUUCCCAAGGAAAAGUGACGUUGAUAAAGAAACCAAAAUGGUUACAAUGACUGUUAAGGAAAAAGAGAAAGGAGCAAUUGGUAACCUCGUUAAUGAUUUUCAACAAGAGAUGGACAAAUGUUGCAAGCACCUGUUUAACAUUCAAAAUCAGUACGAAUCUAUCAGAAAACUGAAAGAGAAACUAACCAAAAGAGAUCUCAUUUGUCACAUCGAUUUUUCUGAAAACUAUUCGUGUAAAUACAAUGAAGAAAACCAAAGCAUUCACUUGGGGGCGUCACAGUGUCAGGUUUCUCUUCACACCGGGGUCCUUUACAAAGAAAAUGCAAUCCAAAGCUUUUGUUCUUUGUCGGACAACCUUAAGCACGGACCUGUCGGGAUAUGGGCACAUCUUAAGCCCGUUUUGAAAUAUGCAAAAGACAAAUAUCCUGAAAUCCAGAACUUGUACUUUGUAAGUGACGGCCCAACCACCCAGUACAGGUGCAAGGAUAACUUUUAUCUGCUCAGCACACUUCCAUUUGAGGAAGGCUUCAAAUGCGAUUGGUCGUUCAUGGAAGCUGGCCGAGGAAAAGGUGCCCCUGAUGGGAUUGGGGCAGUUAUCAAAAGAGCUGCUGAUGGGGCCGUGCUACAUGGCGAGGACAUUGUAAACGCAGUAUCUAUGUAUGACACACUUACUAAGAAGGGCAUUGCUCCGCACCUGUUUCUUAUAACGGAUGACCAGUUUGAGGAACAAGAAAAAACUGCACCUAAAGAUUUACAGGCGGUAAAUGGCACCAUGAAAAUUCACCAGCAGACUGUCACUCGUAGUUGGUGAGGAAGUCAGGGACAGAGGUCAGAAAUUGUGUUUCACGGGAACAUCCAGUUCGGAAGCCAACGUCUAAGUUAGUAAGGAUGCUGUUUUUCUACAGACCCGUCCCCGUCCUUACGUGGUCUCCUAGCAACCUUGCGCAGUUUCAGUGGCCCAGAUUUGCCUUUAUUCUUCUGCUCCUUCAGUUGGAGGAUGAUUUCAUGUCCAAGUUUCUGCAAAUAAAUUAAAAACAUGACCAGCUUAUGGUAAAUUAUGUAUGUCUUGAAUCAUUACCAUGAAUUUAUUAUGUAUGUCUUGAAUCAUUACCAUGAAUUUAUUAUGUAUGUCUUGAAUCAUUACCAUGAAUUUAUUAUGUAUGUCUUGAAUCAUUACCAUGAAUUUAUUAUGUAUGUCUUGAAUCAUUACCAUGAAUUUAUUAUGAAUGUCUUGAAUCAUUACCAUGAAUUUAUUAUGUUUGUCUUGAAUCAUUACCAUGAAUUUAUUAUGUUUGUCUUGAAUCAUUACCCAGACUGCUGUUUUCAAAACUGUAUCAUUACUUGUAUUUAUAAAUA